GUCCCUGACCGUGCUUCCCACAGGUGCCAAUGGCGGGCUGGACCCUGUGGAUGGCCCUGGUGCUGGUGGCGCUGCCAGGAGCAGUGGGUGAGACCCGCUACGAGAAGUUCCUGCGGCAGCACGUGGACCAUCCGCAGACAUUCACGCUCGCUGCGCACCGCUACUGCGAGAUCAUGCUGGCGCGGCGGCGGGUGACGGCGCUGGGGCGGCCCUGCAAGCCCUCCAACACCUUCGUGCACGCUCCGGCCGAGGAGCUGGUGGCUGCCUGCACCCAGGCGCCCGACGCAGGGGGGUUCCACAGCACCCCAACACCCGUGAGCCUCACGGCGUGCCGCCUGCGCGGGGGGGACAACCGGCCUCCUUGCUCCUACCGGGCCUUGCAGGUCCAGCACCACGUGCGUGUCUCCUGCCGUGACGGGCUGCCCGUGCACCUCGCUGGCACCUAUGCUCCCCCCCAGUGAGGCUUGACAUGGAGGGGGACGUGGAUUCUCCCUCCCACUGGAGGCUAUGUUGGGGCCUGCAAUAAAGGAGAUGCCACAGGC